AUGAGUACCGAAAAGGACGAGAGUGAGCUCAAGACGCAGGCGGAAGUGGACCUGGACGACCUCCUCGACGAUGCGCUGGACGACUUUGCCGAUGAGCUGAGCGCUUCUCAAGUCCCGGAGGUCUUUAGUGCAACGCGCGAAGCAGCUGCUGCUGCGUCUGCUAAGGCGGCGGCCAAUGACGACAACAAGUUGCGAGAGAACAUGGCCGAGUUUUUCGAAGAUGCUCAGGAUCCAGAGUUCCAGCAGGUGCUGGAGCAGGCAUUUCGAGAGCUGGGGACUGGUGCGGAUACGAAGAACAUUGAGCAGCUCUUGGGCUCGUUGAAGACCGACACGACGCUCGGUGAGUCGGACGACGUUGAUGCUGGAGUGGCCAAGACACUGCAGAACAUGGCCAAGGCAGCGGAAGAUUUCGAUGGUGUGGGGUCAGCUCAGGUUGAAGCCAUGGGAGAAGAGAUGAUGUCUGAGAUGAUGAAGAAGUUUGAAGAGAUGGGUGAAAAGGACGAUUUCCAAGAUUUGGUGGACGGGAUGAUGCAGCAGCUACUGUCAAAGGAUGUCAUGUACGACCCCAUGAAGCAGAUUUGCGAGCGGUAUCCCGAGUGGCUAGCAGAGAAAGAGGCUCUGCUGCCAAAAGAAGAGCAUGAGAGAUAUAGGAAGCAGCACCAAUUCUUUCAGCAGAUCGUUGCUGUGUACGAAACGGAACCCGACAAUUACACUCGGCUCUCAGGGCUGAUGCAAGAGAUGCAGGAUACUGGCCAGCCCCCGACGGAAAUCGUGCAGGACCUUGCUCCAGGCUUGCAGUUUGACGACGAAGGAAUGCCAAUCUUGCCGAAUGCGGGCUCUAAUAUGUUUUCCGGCAUGGCUGGUAUACCGGGCCAGGAACAGUGCACUGUAAUGUAG